GUCAGUGUUGUUGGUAAUGUUAAACUCCGCCAUGUUGCUUCUAAAACUGGCCAUUUUAUUGACCGUUGAAUCAGUGGUUCRAGGCUUCUUUGAAUGGAAGAACUGCGUUGCACUGCCAGACAAAGUUCCUGCUCCUAAAGUUAUCAAAGCUCACGGCUGCGAAGACAAAGAUGAUGUUGUUCUGUCUUGUCCGUCUGGUUCGAGGAUUGCUGUGACCAAGGCUUUCUUUGGUCAUGGACAUGGACAUAAAGCCAUCUGUGACAGCAGCUGGUUUUCGCAGAACUGUAGAACCACGGGUGUUCAUAAUAAAGUCAAAUUUCUGUGUCAAAACAAGCAAAAUUGUACAAUMAAACCAGUGGAAAAAGUACUUGGAAAAACGUCCUGUGUGUUUGGAUUGGAUGCAGAUUUAUUUGUUGAAUAUGUCUGCAAUAAAGCUGCAGUCUCGGAUGUGAUAUCGAUCAAAUCGAUGACGCUCGCCCCAAGCCCUCUCACCCUACCAGGACGAGUCAAUGCGUCUCUCUCUGUGCUGGUCAAACGUCGUCUUCCUUCAACAACUAAACUUAAGCUUGAUGUGGAGAAGAAAGUCCUUGGUGCAGCUUGGAUCUCGAUUCCAUGUAUUUCRAAUUAUGGAUCCUGUACAUAUGAUAACUUCUGUGAUCUUCUCCGUGGCGUGAUGUUCAGCAAGUGUGACCGUGACAUGCAGAACAAAGGAAUCCCAUGUGACUGUCCCAUUCCUACUGGCUUGUUUACCGUCCCGACCCAGUCCAUCGUCGUGASGAAAGAAAUGAUCAAGAAAAUUCCUGUUUGGGAUUGGCUUGUGAAUGGCAAGUACCGAGUCACUGCCGAGUUUCUUGACGUUUACAACAACGUCAUUAGUUGUAUUCAAUUCCAAGUCGAAGUCGACGUCAACUCCAAGAAAAAGAAAAGAAGCUUAAAGAGAAAUCACAGCAAACUUACGUUUGCUYGAGAGAAAAUUAGAAAGCGGUACAUUAAAACAUGCAAUAAAAUGUAGUUUAAAAGUUCCACUGGAUCCGACUAAACGUUUAUUGUUUAAAUCUAUACAGCUAUUAAUCUUGCAGAUAUCCCAAACAGUUAACCCAGUAGUCCAUUUAUAAUUUCUUGAGUUUUCAUUGAUCUGUGGAAAAAGCGUUGACUAUUAAUAAAUACUUGGUAAUCAUGU